AUGAUGUUUAUUAUAGUCAUAUCAGAGGAAAAUGUGACUGUUAUAUAUGUACUUGUGCCGGAUGCUAAAAAUUUAGAUAUUGAGUCCAUUUUUCAUUCCGAUUUUUUAAAGCCUCCAUAAGAAUAUUAUGGGAUUUCAAAACCUUACAAAAAAGAAAUACUUCCAGACUUAAAACCAUAAUAAUAAGGAAGAUCUUAAUAUAAAAGAGAUUUCUAGGAGUGGGGAAACUCUUAUAUGAAUAUAAAAGGAGGAAAUGAUAGAACUACUAUUGAUGCAAUGCCUUUCUCAGGAUUCAGUUCCUAUAAAAAAGAUUAUUAAAAAAUAAAUAUUUAAAAAACUGAACCUGAAGGAAGCAAUUAUAAACGUACAGGAUGUUAAAAUCUUAUUCCAUUUCAAGGAUUAACUACAAAUAUAGAGGAAGAAAUAAGAGCAAAUUUAAUUGGUGAAGGGUUUUAAUAAACUCCAAUAUUAAGAAAAAAUUGGACUAGAAUCAAUAUUAUAGGUGAAAUAAUGUAAGCAUAUGAUUUUGAUAUUGAAAAUUUAUAUAUUGAAUACGAAUUUGUUUUAUAAGAUAAUUGGAAACCAGAUUAUGAAGAUUUAUAAAUGAUAUCUAAAAAGCCAAGUGAGGAAACAAAAAGAGAAUGGAAUAUGCUUAAUUCUAUAACAUAAGCAGCUUCACCUACUAUUUAAAAAUACACUUAAAAUGGAAAAUAAAUUGUAACAAAUUAUUGUUUUCCUUUUGAUAUAUAAUUAUAAACAUCUUCAGAAACAAUUACAGAAUGCAAAAAAUUUCCUUUUAUGUUUCUUAUACUUCAUUCUUUAGAUUCUUGGGGAAGAAAAAGACUAGAAGGAUAUGGAUUUUGUGAAGUUCCUAAUAAACCAGGAACACAUGAAAUAAUUGUAAAAACAUGGACUCCAUGUUAAAGCUUAUAUGCGAAAAUUCACGAGUUUUUUUUAGGAGGAUAAACUAAAUUAUAUGAUAUAAAAAAAUUGCACAAACAAAAUGUUUUUUCUGCUAUUGAUAGAUUUAAUAUCAAAACCGAUAGUAGAGGAAGUGUAAAAGUUAGAUUUAAUAUUGGUUUUUAAUCUAAAAAGUAUAGAGAUGAAUAAAGAUCUUUAUAAGAAGCUAAAAGAAUGAAUUAAAGAUUAGAAAUGGAAAGGCUAGAUGAUUUAGAUUAAAUUUAAAAAAGAAUUUAAAGUUAUUAAAAUAAUUUCUAAUAUCCAGUUAUAAAAAACAGUUAUACAACAUCUUUAAGAUAUAAAAAUUAAUAACUAAAUAAAGAAUAUGUAUGA